AUGGAUUCCAAAGGCUACCCCAAAAACUACACCAAAGGCUACUCCGCGCUGCAACACAGCGCUCCAGAGGUGGUGCCGCACCAAGAUGCGCCAGAGGUCGUCCCUUUCGAGUCGGCCAGGCACGAGUCAAGCCACUUCUCCGAAAACUUUCCCCAGCCCGCUGCACGUCGCUCAGUCCAUGACAAGGAAGUCUUUCAUGGAUCGGAGGAUCCCGAGAGCGUAGCGUCGAGCUACGGGAGUCACGAGGAGACGGAUAAAGUACGCGAAGGGCAGAAGCAAGGCCCGCGGCGAUACUGCGGAAUGCGGAGAGGAGUCAUGAUUGCAGUCGUUGUGAUACUCUCCAUGGUAAUCAUCGGCGUGGGGGUUGGGGUCGGGGUUGGGAUAUCUCUGUCCGACGCGAGCAAAAGCAACAACAAGCCCUUACAAGCAGUGGCAAACACCGGUCUUGCGACCGUGACAUCUGGCGACACCAUGUACCACUACUUCCAAGCUCAGAACGGCGACAUCAUGGAGAACUCCUACUCCAACGGCAAGUGGUCAUUACCGCUGGUCACCGAGGAUACGAACGCGAUCGUCACCUCGCAAGCCGGUCUAGGCUCUCCUCUCUCCGCCAUAAUAUACCCAUACAACGGCCAGACAUAUCGACAGGUCUUUUUCGUCAAUCAGGGCGGGCUGGUCAGUACCACAAACCGAACGGAGAGCGGAAGUUGGAGCCCGCCGACGGCAAUAAGUGGCAACAUUGUGCAACCGGGCAGUAUAGCACUCGCCGCAUGCUGGGAUAACCAGGAUCUGUAUGGUCUCCGAAUCUACUACGCAUCGCAGUGGGGAUACAUCCAGGAGAUUGGCGGCUACUUCAACGGCAGUGCAUGGAACGACUAUUCAUGGUUCGCGGGCAGCGAUCCCAACUCUGGCGUCGCAUGCGCCCCGUACAGCGUCGGAGGGACGCAGUGGAUGAAUGUCUACUUUCGCAACGCCUCCAACGGCCUCAUCCUACAACAGUUCUGGGAUUACAACAACGGCGAUACCGGCUGGAACUCAGGCUCCUACACAAACUACCCGGCCGCCGCGGGGUCCGACAUCGCCAUCUGCAACGACGAAAACGACACCGCAUACCUCUUCUACCAAGCCGUGAACGAUACAAUCCUGCUUGGCAUCGCGAACCCGAACGCGGACAACUGGGAGGCGAAUGAGCAGCGGCAGGCAGCCAUCCCCGGAAGCAAGCUGGCGGCGGCGUGGGUCGAUGGUGGCGCAUUGGUUGCGUUCCAGAACAACUCGAACGAUGCGACCAUGUGGGUGUCCGACAUUUCGAGCGAUGGAGUCGUGAUUUUAGACGAGGCGAUUCUAUGA